AAACCGGAUGCGGAUAUACAGCAGUUGUGUAUUUAUAUUGAUUAUAUACUGCGAAGGAAAAAUCAAUAUUUGGUUUGAUAUUUGCUACAGGACCUAGUACUUGUUGAAAUUAGUGAAAAUGAGUGCAACAGAUUAUGUUCAAAUAAAAGACAUAAAAGCUGGCAUGAGGAAUAUCAACUCCGUUUUCAUUGUAUUGGAGGUGGGUCCACCUAUAUUAACGAAACAGGGACAUGAAAUUCGUAUAUUGCGAGUUGCGGAUCCAACGGCCAUGAUCAAUUUUUCUGUAUGGGAUGAAGCCGGUGCCUUACUGCAGCCGGGAGACAUAGUACGACUUACUCGUGGUUAUGCGGCUCUGUGGCGUUGCUCCCUUACCUUGUACUCUGGAAAAUUUGGAGAUAUACAGAAGGUGGACGAAUUCUGCAUGGUGUUCAACGAAGAAUUGAAUAUGAGCGAACCCCAGCCAGCUCUUGCCGCCAUGUCCCAGGGCCAACAUCAUUCUCAUGCUGCGCCACUCUCACUUAUGCCAAAUGCAGCAAGUGGGGAUCAACUCAAUUCGAAGCAAGAGCCCUUUGAUAGUCAACAAAAGCAUAAAAGUUUUAUGUAGUGAAGGCACUAAUAAUAUGCAGUAACAACAAGGAGGACAAGCAGAGCAACACAUUUAUAGUACCACAAACUUUCUGGCCGGGUGGUAAAAAUGAAACAAAAGCAGCUGUCUUGCCGUAUCUUGGCUUCCUGAUCUCACUGGGCUAGAUAAAUUUGUAGCAUUAUAAGCAAAUAUGUACUUGUUUGUCACCAUAUAUUUAGUCAAAAAGUGUCUGCAUAUUAUAUUAUAAUAAAUAAAUUAAUCUGUGUA